GUCAAAUACGAAUUACUUGAUGAAAAUUGAGAUGAAUCCCACAGCAUGAAGAAUGUAAAACACACGUUAAAAAAGUUAUAAGCUGGGUGGUAAUACAGAGACAACUACAAACAGAUCUCUGGCUGCUGAUGCCCGCAGCCUGCUGGUGGGCAUAAUGUCGUACGUUGCUGGGAGCAGUGGUUUUCCGCAGGGUGUGGCGGCACCGCCGUCGUGGUGGUCCGUCGUUGUCUUGUUCGUUUGUCUCCAGCUCCCCCAGCCGGACCCGGUCCGGGCCGCCGUCUGCCAUUUUCAGGACUCCCCCCAGGCGGGCGGAUGCCUCUGCGCCUCGGACAUCCUCAGCUGCAUCGCCGCGGGUCUGGAUCAGGUUCCACGAGAGAUGCCCGUCUCCGCUGUCACUCUGGAUCUCAGCCACAACCAGAUAGCGCAGUUGGAGGACGGCAGCUUUGAAGGACUCAACCGGCUGGAGACCUUGCGGAUAGCGCACAACCGGCUGACUGUUAUUAAGCCAGGGGCGUUUCGAAAUGCUUCUGGGACUCUGCUCCAACACCUGGACCUGUCAUCCAAUCAGCUUAGUGGUUUGAAGGAGCUUUAUUUCCUGGACCUACCCGGAUUGAAGGAGCUGCUGCUGUUCAACAACCGCAUCGUUCACGUGGAGAGCAGAGCCCUGGCUGGACUGGGCAGCCUCCACAAGGCCUACCUCAGUCAUAACCUCAUUAAAGACUUCCCCUUCUUUUCCAUCCAGGAGCACAGCCACCCUUACCUGUCCAUGCUCGACCUGUCCUCAAACCGCCUGUCCAAACUACCCCUGGAGGACAUAACAAACUUACCCAUCUCGAUGCAGAGAGGAAUCUACCUUCACAACAACUCCCUGGUGUGCGAGUGCUCCAUGUACGGACUUCUCCUGCACUGGGACCAGAGAAGAUUUGCCUCGGUGACAGACUUCCGACAGGAGUACACCUGUCUGGUCUACGGGAUACAGAGGGGCACUGUGCGCUUCUUCCAGCACGGCCGCUACUUUGAAAAAUGCAACUUGACCGCGAUGAGUCAGGGCCUUAGACAGCAGGAGAGCGGCGUUUCAGUGAAGGCGGGAAAGCCGGUGCUGCUGCACUGUGUGACCAGUCUCACCGGACAGCAUGUGACCUUUCUCUGGGUGUCACCAAAUCAGGAGUACGUGGCACCGCCGGGGAACAACGGAUCGUUAAAGAUGUACGCCAACGGCAGCUUGGAGAUACUGGCGGCUCGCGCGGAGGACUCUGGCAUCUACUGGUGCAUGUCUCAGGACCGGCAGCGCAAUGAGACGCAGGAAGUCAACGUGACAGUGGUGCUGCACCACGCCGAACCCCACGAGCCGUUCAACACAGGAUUCACCACCCUGCUGGGCUGUGUGGUGAGCCUGGUGCUAGUCCUCAUGUACCUCUACCUGACGCCCUGCCGCUGUCCUCCCUGCUGCAAAGCCCCGACCCUGAACCCGGCCGCGGCGACCCCAAGCCAGGGGAACGAGGCUGGAGCAGGGAGCGCCCAAUCCUCCAUCCUCACCCCAACUCCGCCGGCAACCACUGAGGGCCCGGGCCGCAAGGUCAGUACCAACAAGCAUGUGGUGUUUCUGGAGCCGAUCAGAGAGCAACAGAACGGCAGACUCGGGACAGGGAUUGGAGGACAUUUGGGUCCAGGUUUACUACUCGGGGCAGAACAGCACUCAAAGCUCCACAACCAGUCACAGCAGAGGGUGGGGGAGACGGACUCCAUCAUGCCCAAGUUCUCAGACACCAUAGCCAUGCCAUAGCAAUGGGACAAACACAGAGACACUCAGUCACCUCUCCUGCUUCUCCCACCUCUUCACCAC